CGGGCUCACUCAGGACAUUGCUCGCAGCAUGUCUUCACAAGCUCAGCAGACGGCGCGAACAUUCAACAAAAUCCUUGGUCAGCCAAAGAUCUCGUCGAAGACUAGGACGCAGCAGGAUGUGGAGGAGGGCGUGAAGAAGUUGAGGCGGCUGAUAUUGAUCGAUGGAAUUCCUUCAGAAAUCGACGCGACGCUACGCCCUCGUAUAUGGAAGAUACUGUUGAGAGUGAACGACCUGCCUGCUGGAACAUUCCUUGAAUAUGUUGCUAGAGGCCCCUGCGAAGUGCGAGAGAAGAUUAGGAACGACACAUUUAGGACAUUGGCCACAGACCGUGGCUUCAAGGAACGAGUGCGGGAGGAUAUGCUCGUUCGCUUGCUCGAUGCUUUUGUAUGGAGGAAUUACGACCGUCAAGAAACGCACCACCUUGGCUUCACCUACGUCCAAGGGAUGAAUGUCCUAGCUGCUCCUUUCCUUUACACCAUGCCUUCCGAGCUCGAGGCAUUCUUCUGUUUUGCAAAGUUCAUCGAGGAGUCAUGUCCACUCUAUGUCCAGCCGACCUUGGAAGGGGUGCAUAGAGGGCUGAAGCUGUUAGAUCGAUGUUUAAAGAUCGUGGAUCCAGAAUUAUUUUCAUAUCUACGUUCAAAAAAUCUGUCUGCCGAACUCUACGCGUUUCCAUCGGUACUCACUCUCUGCGCGUGCACACCACCUCUCGACCAAGUUCUCCAACUGUGGGACUUCCUCCUCGCCUUUGGUGUACAUUUAAAUGUACUCUGCGUCAUUGCUCAACUGCUUCUCAUCCGGGAGGACGUUAUGCGUUCGAGCUCUCCGAUGCGACUCCUUCGAACAUUCCCGCCCCUGGAGGCACAACCCAUUAUCGGCAUCGCAGUCACGCUGGUGCGGGAUCUACCCUCCGAGCUGUAUGAUGAGCUCGUAAGGCAUCCUUAUGAAGUUGUCGCCUCGUGAUCUUGACCCUUCUUCCUCGUCAAUGCCUCUAUCCGGCCUAUCUGAGCACGUCCAACAGCUGCCCAGCACGAUCUUGUUUGAAUACUCUCACAUUUCCUUUCUUUCGCCGCUCUAGUAACUAGACUUAUGACUCAUAUUCAUUUUCAUUUUCGUUCGCCUUUCAUGCCCUUCUUUCACUUUUACUCGGUUUUUAAUUCCUCUUCUUCAACACUCCAACGCACUCUAUCUUCUGCUAAUCGUUGUCAAACACUAGUCCCACAUCGCCCCAUCGACUCAUCGCAUAUUCGUCUCUAUUCAUCUAAAACCAUGCUUUCUGUGCUAUAUCAGCCUCGCACAUCUGUCUCAUCACCCAUCAUCGCACAAUAUUUAUUGCAAACUAUUCCUCUCUUUUUAAUCGUUCGCCUCCCCGUGUGUCUUUUAUCGCUUCUCGUUUCUCGUUUCUCGUACCUCAUUUCCCGCUUCCCGUCCACUCCGUCUUUCGCUUUUGGUCUGUGUAUCUUGAAUCUUGAACGAGGGUGCCAUAGCCUGAUUAUCUUCCUAUCCUUUUAUCGGUGUAUCGUUUUCUGUACGGUUUUAGACAUUGUACAGUACAUUAUACACACCACGGACAUCUGC